AUGGCAGAAGGCCACAAGCAUUCCCUUACUCCUCCAGUCCUGUGUUCCAUCUAUAAAGCCCUUGGGGAAGUGGCAACUCACGUAAAGAGUCCUGCCAUCGAUGCUUCUUCAACAUACACUCCAUGGCAUUACAUCAUCAGUUGGCUGGAAAUAGAGGAAGAAGAACUAGAGGAAGAAAGCUCAUCCUCGUCAGCUGAAGAUACUACUUCUGUUGAAUAUGACACUGAAGAAGAUGACGAAGAAGCUGAUGAUAAUGAUGAUGAUGAUUUUAAAGAAGGAGAAGUUAAUAUCAAUGAUGAGGAUGAUGCUGAUGUUGUUAUGAAAGGUGUUCCUGCUAAUGAAGGACAUCCCUCAUCGAUUCCUCAAAAUGUCGAAACUGAAGGUCCUUCUACUGCUGAUGUUCCUGCAAAAAUUCCAACAAUAGAAGAGGAAGAUGAGGAACCUUUGGGUUAUGGUGAAUAUGGAUAUUCACCAGGUAAUUAUGCUACUGAUGGCAGAACAGGCGAUACUCCUCCUGAAGCACAAUCGGCUCUGAUGAGAUUUUCCUUGGUUCCCCUUGUAGCACCGAAGGUGGUAGCCUGUGAGAUCAUUUUUCCAGUGGAACCCAUUGACUUACCGACUCCAGCAACUAUUGAUUCUAGCACCAAAGCUAGAGCCCCUUCUUUUACAGAUAUGAGGGAACUCGGUCCUUCUUCUGUCAAAGAGACACAAUAUCUCACUGCUUAA